GUGGAAAGAAUCCAACAACAGAAAAGAUAACAUCCGUUUGUUCACGCGCAAACUACAUGGAUUAGAGGGGGCCAAGGCACGCGCGGUGCGUGGAGCAGAGAUCACGAGGCGUGAUGAAGAGUUUGGUUACAGCUGGUCUCAUUGGAUUCGUUUAUAAGAACGCGACGGCACGCACGCCCUUCCUCAUCUCUCUCUCUCUAUAACACCCUUUCUCUCUCUUGCUUUUAUUUCCGCCGAAUCGCCAUUGAAGCUUCUUCGAAUCGAAGCUCUCCGCGCUUCCGUCAUACAUAGCGCCGCCUAUCUCUACGAGGCAUCUCUUCUUCGAGCCGGCGGCCACAACACUGCUGAAGAAGAAACCAUGUCUUGGCAGGAUUACUUUACACGCGAGUGGAAACCCAUUUCAGAUGCAGCAAACUCAGAAAACACCAAUAGUUCUUUCGACUGCAACAUCUGUUUAGACUUCGCGCACGAGCCCAUAGUCACCCUUUGCGGCCAUCUCUACUGCUGGCCUUGCAUCUACAAAUGGCUUCACGUCCAGAGCGCGUCUCUUGCCUCUGAUGAGCACCCUCAGUGCCCUGUUUGCAAGGCUGACAUAUCACACACCACUAUGGUCCCUCUUUAUGGCCGGGGCCAAACCACUUCCGAGGCUGAGCUGGAAGGAAAGGCAAACUAUAUGGGCACGGCAAUACCUCCAAGGCCAUCAGCUUGUGAGGCACAACAUGCUCUUACAUCUACAACAUCUCGUUCGGGUCAGCAACUUCCAUAUCGUAAUCCUUAUCAAAGCCAAAACUACAAUGCUCAUCAAUAUGGCAGCUAUAAUGAGGAUUCUUCCUCAUCCCUGCCUAAUCUUAGUGGUUCACCGAUGAUGGGCUACCACCACCCAAUGGUGGGGAUGUUUCGGGAGAUGGUUUAUGCCGGGGUGUUUGGAAACUCAGACAACAUGUAUACAUAUCCAAAUCCGUAUCGACUUAUGAGAAGUAGUAGUCCUAGGCUGAGGAGGCAGGAGAUGCAGGCAGACAAGUCUUUAAACAGAAUCUCCAUUUUCCUUUUCUGUUGCUUUCUUCUGUGCCUUGUUGUUUUCUAAUAAUUGUUUGGACCAUUCUCCGUUUUGUACACUCUGUAAAAAAGAAAAUUAUAAGGGUAUUGACUUGAGGCUAUUGAUGAAAGGAAGGACAUAGAUUUAGUUAGAGAUGUGUUGUAUGCAUGAGGUAAAAUGUUUUGUCGUGAGACAUUGUUGUUUGCCUA